AUGACUCAGGGAAGGGCAUUUGCUAUCACUUCUGAAAUUCCACCUCCACUGCCUCCUGUCACUUCUCAGACCCCAGAAACUUCGAAUAUUGGUCCUCCGUUGUUCGUUGAGACACCUAUAGGAGGUAGGUCGCCGUUGGAUCAUAUUUGUUGGGAUUAUGAGCUCAUUAUUCGAGAUCGUCGUUUCACUUUUGAUUUCAUUGUGUUGAAUAUGUCGGGGUUUGACCUUAUUUUGGGCAUGGAUUGGCUAUCUACAUUUCACGCUACCAUAGAUUGCUUCAAGCGUCGGGUCCAUAUUUGUCCGCCCGGGGGUUCUUGUUUUGAGUUCUUUGGGGAGCGUCGGGAACCAUUAGAGCUAUAUUUGUGUGGGUCUCGGGAGCAAGAGUCAAUGUAUGUGUUAAUAGUGAGUUUGGCCUUAGAUGAGGACGUAUCCGUGCGUGGGGAGUUACCCCUUGUUGUUUGUGAUUUUUCGAAUGUGUUUCUGAAGGAGUUACCUGGUUUGCCACCCGAGAGGGAGAUUGAGUUCACAUUGACCUACUUCCUGGUACCGCUCCCAUUUUCGUACCUCCUUAUCGUUUCGCGCCUGCCGAGUUAA